AUCUUGGGCCUCGUCGCUCCGACGCCGCGCGACCCGACUGCCGAGCCGGUUCGCCCGACUGGACGUGCAGGCGAAGUAGCGUUGUGAGAAGUUGAGUGCAGUGUAUGGUCGAGAGGAGAACUACUUCUAACACGACUGAAGGAAAUGGCUCCAAGUCACUGUGUCUCUGUUCAGCAAAGAAGAUGGAGACUUUCUCUCUUGCUGCUGUGCGCCCUAAUCAGCUCCCUAACUCUUCUGAGGAUUCUUAUUGACGUCCCCGAAACUGAACAUGUUUCAAAGCGCGAGGUCACAAAUCAUCCAUCACCAACCCCAUCUUCCACAGAAGUCCGCUUGGUGAACGGGAGAAAUCCAUGCCAAGGGCUGUUGGAAGUCCUUUACAACGGUACCUGGGGCACAGUGUGUGAUGACGACUGGGACAUUGUGGAUGCCAGCGUGGUGUGCCAGCAGCUCGGAUGUGGCCGUGCCCUCUCUGUGGCAGGGAACCUGCCCUUUGGCAAGGGCACGGGGUUAAUUUUGCUGGACAACGUGGACUGCAAAGGGACAGAGUCGUCACUGAUCGAGUGUGGAAGCUUGGGCUGGGCCAUCCACAACUGCAACCAUUACGAGGAUGUGGCCGUCAUAUGCAAUGAUUUCAGUUCUACACCUAUAAAUCAGAUAAAUGAAACCAAACUAUCUGUAUGGGAAUACAAUCAAGGGGAAGGCAACAUUCGAUUAGUCAACGGCCACAACUCAUGUCAAGGCAGAGUGGAGAUUAAGUACAGGGGACACUGGGGAACAAUUUGUGAUGAUGACUGGGGCAUAGAUGAUGCCAAAGUUGUGUGUCGGCAGAUUGGCUGCGGUACGGCGAUCUCCUCCACCACCAAUUCCUACUUCGGAUAUGGAAAAGGGCUGAUUCUAAUGGACAAUGUCAACUGUGAUGGGAGUGAAUCGUCGUUGUUGAGCUGUCACAGUCUGGGAUGGGGUGUGCACAACUGUGGGCAUCACGAAGAUGCGGGGGUCAUCUGUGCAGAUUCGAGGACUCCCACAGCAGCUCCAGAUGUUUCAACCACUGGAUUUUCCACACCAUACACGGGCACAGAUUCUACUCCAUCCACCAAUCACAAUAUCACAGAUCAAACUUUUGAGCAGAUUACAACCACAAAGCUGACAACACCUCAAAGGGCCAGAUCCAUUCGUCUGGUGAACGGUAACAACAGCUGCCAAGGCAGAGUGGAAAUAUUUUACGGCAAUAAUUGGGGAACUGUGUGUGACGAUGAUUGGAAUAUUAAAAAUGUGGCAGUAGUUUGCAGGCAGCUGGGAUGUGGUGGUGCCAUCACUGCUAAAGAGCUAAGCUACUUUGGAUACGGAAGUGGGCCAAUAUUGCUGGACAAUGUGAACUGCAAAGGCACAGAAUCCUCCCUGUCCGAAUGUUCUAACCUUGGGUGGGGAAAGCACAACUGUAGACACCAUGAGGAUGCAGGUGCUAUUUGUGUAGAAUAUAAAGCUUCUGAGGCAAGUGGUUCUGGUAAACAAGCACCAAUAAUUACCACUACUAGAACAACGGAAGUGUUAAAGGUUGCAGAAGAGUCGCAAAUCCGACUUGUGAACGGACGGCACCGAUGUGAGGGCCGGGUGGAGAUCUUCCUGACGUCGCAGUGGGGGACAGUUUGCGACGAUGCCUGGGACUUAAGGGCUGCUAAAGUGGUCUGCAGACAGUUGGGCUGUGGCAAUGCUCUGGCCGCUAAAGUGGAGGCGUAUUUCGGGCAGGGCACUGGCAUCAUUCACCUCGACAAUGUCAAAUGCAGCGGGGACGAGAGUUUGCUCAUCCAGUGCUCACACAUUGGCUGGAAUGUCCACAACUGUGACCACAGGGAAGAUGCAAGUGUGAUAUGCACCCUAUGAACAAUCUCACUAAAAGUGCCUGCCUGUUGUUGGGAAGGGGGCACACUGAAUAUAUGUAAAUCUAUAAAUGUGUAAAUAGCUCAAAACUACCAAACCAAAAGUCCCAUAUAAUGUGCACUUUAUAUAUUUUAAUUAUUAUCUCCUGUCACAGAUUUACUUCCCAAAUUAUGAAAAAGUAACCAUUUGCCUCCCCAGCAAGCCACGUGCCAUUGGGGAAAGAACGAUUGAGGAGUGCCCAUACUGUUUCAGAAGGGGAUAGGUAAAAGGCAAAGCCCUUGGCACACUUGUUUCAUUUCUGUCUGAAUAAAGUUAGCUGUAAUUACUUAACUCUGGAAGGAAACAUUGGUAGAGUGAUUCUACAAAUCUGGAACUCUCCCACAUAAAGCUCGGUUGAGUUGAAACUUCAGAACUGAGACAGACUGGUUUCUAUAAGGCAGGGUUAUUGAGGGUUUAGGAGGUUAAUGGGGUUUAAGAUACAAAUCAGCCAGGACCAAAGUGAAAGGUAGGACUGACUUGAGUGGGUGAACCAUUACCUCCUGCUGCUGUAUUCCUGAGUUAAGGAGCAGCUUGUGUGGCAGCGAGUGUCUGCCGUCUGCUGCCAUUGUCGAACAUAAAAAAACUGCAAAUUCCAGAAACCUGAACCAAAAACAGAAAAUUCAGGAAGCACUCGGUGGGUCAGGCAGCAUCUGUGGGGAGAGAAGCACAGUUAACAUUUCAGGUGGAAGAGCAGAUGAAGAGUCUUCAGCCUAAAAUGUUAACUCUGCUACUUUUUCCAAAGAUGCUAUCUGACCCAAUGAGUGUUUCCUGUAUUUUGCUUUGAUCAUUGCCAUUGGUUGAGGCCUUCACCUCUGAUGCUGCUUCAUGAACCAGUCGUGCAGACCAUGUGAACUGUCACAGCAAGAAGAGAUAAGAAACUUAACAGAACCAAAAACAGAAAUACCAAAGUACAAAGUUAGAAGACCUAAUAACAUGGGAGGGUGCAUCAGCUAAAAUUGGCUAGCGUUUUACUCAGUUUGAUAUUACCUCUAGCUCAUUCCUCUCAAAGUUCCACCUAUGGCUGUGUACGGAGGUAAGUGCAAAAUUCAAUCACCAACCUGAUCUCAGCUGGUAAGGACACUUUAAUGACCUGUGACUAACUAAGGUAGAAGUUUAAAAGGAUUACCACUAUUGUCCUAUUAGAGUGUGUGCAUGUGUGGGAGUGAGGCUCGGACUGUGCACCUGCUAUACUCACUGCCCCAGCUCACAGAGAGGGAGACAGUAGCUCAAUUGAAUGAAACUCCCCAGCAUCAGUUAGUGCCUGUAGAUCCUCACCCCAAAGUGAGUCGGCAUCUGUGGCUCUGGUCUGUUCCAGGAGGGGUGCUCUAGAAAACACUUGACAACUGAAGCAGUCUGUUCCUUUUUGUGUCCAUUUUCUCGAGUGCUGGGAAACUGCAGCUCCCAUUAAACUCCGCAACGAACAUUAAACUCUGCAGCUCCCAUUAAACUCUGCAACAAACAUGAAGGGAAAGGUGAAUGGACCAGAGUACUACUUCUGUGCAUGUGUUAUUGAUCUUUUCUGGUGGAUGUGGAUUCAUUGUUAGUUGCCGGGACAUCUGCUGAUUAGUAUUUAUAUAUCCAUGAACAACAUGUACCGUAGUUAUGAAAGGAAGCAAAAUAAUAUACAGUGGAGCAGACUGACAAUUCAGGCACCUUGUCACUCCCUUUCUUUGCUCCUGAUUAUCCAGAUAUUCAAUGAAACGUGCUAUAAGAACACAACUAUAAACUGCCAUCUUGGAUACUAAGUCACGAAUGGAGCAGCCUGCAGGCAGUCUGUCUGUGAAUGUGUAGAGUAGCAGCAGUAAAGCCCCUUUUCUGUAAUGGGAAGUGGGAGAGACUAGUUGUAUUAUUGGCUGUGCCCACAAGGCACAGUUUGUGUGGUUUUAUCUCUCACAAGCGGCAUUGUGGAUAAAUAGCGCGGAGAAUGGAAAUAAGGCCUUAAUUGUGGGCAGCACAAGAAAACUAAUAAGACGUUUUUCCAAAUGUAAUUAUGCUAGUGGCUGUAGUUAGUUAACAGAAUUAGUAGAUAUGAACAGUGAGUCUAGUUACCAAUGAUAGUUACUGAGCUUAGUUUGUGUUUUUGAUUGCUGUAUGCGGACUGCGAUUUUUUUUCAGAUUGUUUGAGUUAUAGAAACUUGGGAUGUUUCACUUACUCCCUGGAUGGAAUAAGAAAUAAAUCACACUUCUUUAACACCUUAUCGUAGCCUCAGAAUGUCUUAAAACUUAUGAUUUUAAUGUCAUUAUAAUCAAUGAUAACUUUCCGAAUGCAAUAUGUAGACAAGUGCAGCCCACGGUAACGGCCCAUGUUCAUGUAUGAGUGAAAAGAUAAACUUCAUGUUUGGUAAUACUUUUGGUAAUGUUGGCUGAGGAAUGAAUGCUGGUGUGGAUUCAAGAUGAACUUUGUGAUUUGCUCAGUUAGUUUGCCAUCAGUUCGUUGAGCAGAGAGCAGAAGAACUUAAGACAGAGAAGCAGGAGAAGGCCAUUUGACCCCUCCUGCCUUCUGCACCAUUCAAUAAGAUCAUGGCUGAUCUACUACCCACUCUCCAUUUUCCUGCAGUAACCUCAUAUUCCCACCACUCCCUUCCUAUCAGAAAGUCAAUCUAAAAUCUAUUUCUUUACAUGGUUUGUUGUCCAUUGCACAAAUGUUCCUUGUUUGCUGGUGGAAGUUAAUGAGAAGGUAUCUAGGGAAUUAAUUGAAACUUGCCUUUGCUUCCAAGGAUUGAUAGAAUCCUUCCAAACAAGACCGCAAGCCCUGCCCACAAUCCCGGUCUUAUGUGUGAAGUACAUUGCUGGUAAUGCCUGGCUGACGGUACAGUUGCCACUGGGAAGGCAGAUCAAAUCCCAGUUACCAGAAUCAGAUUGUUGCUUGAAAGUUAGUAUUUUUGAAUAAGAGGAGAAUGGAGUUAGAAUGAGUCACUCAUGGUGUAAAUGGAUCGUGCAUUGAAAGGUCCCGUGACAGGUGAACAAUUGUACCUAUACCCAAGUGGUAAACUUAGGCUUCCACGGUGAUUGGACCAAACUUUGAUUUGGUUCAUCUAUAAAUCACGAAUUGAGUUGGUUCAAAGGAUAGUUUAGUUGAGGUAUCUGAUCAGCCUGAAGUGUCUUGGGGUGUUAAAAUCAAACUCAGUUACAGAAAAGGACAAUCGGGCAGACCCUCUGCUCCAGCUACCGUGCAGUCAAUGGGCCAAAUGAACACUGGAACUCCAGCUUAACAUGGUUUUCCGAAUACAGGCCCUCCUUUGAUUUCAAGUUUAUUAAACACACAAUUCAUAAAUCAUUGCAAUAAAGGGUUUUUGCCCCAUGGUUAAUAGUCUGCGGUUUCAUUAUUGCUACAGUGCUGUUUUUUUAUUUCUCUUCAUGAGCAUUUUCCAUCCCAGCUGCUACUUCAAUCUUUCUAUUAUAGGGAAUAGUAGCAGCUGGGAGCUUCAUAAAAUGAAGAGUGUGGCUGAUUCCAGAAAUCACCUUGACUUAUGUUGACGAUGCAGUAACUCUUGCUGUGUGAUUAUGUAUGUUGUAUGCUGUGUGCUUUUGUUUAUUAUAUUUCAAACUUACACCAAAUAAAAGAAGUAUGAAAAAGUUC